CGGCCGGGCCCCGGAAGUGGAAGAUGGCUGAGGUGUCGGGAUGCGCCUGGCAACCGGCGAUCGGGCCGGCGAGACCGCAGAGGAGGCGAGGGAGUUUCCAAAUGAGAUGGCUUCUUCCAGUGUUUCUUCCAUGGAACUAUUAAGGAAUGCAGCUUGCAUUAAACAUUUGGUGUCUUCUGCCCAAAGAUUACUGUGUUUUAUAGUUCCUACUUGUACUGUUGGUUCCGGGGAUGAAUCUUGUGCCUUAUGAAUCUGGGCUGACCGUAAAAAGGUAGCUUUUUCUGUGACCUAGUUAUCCUGAUCAGAAAUGGGUAGGAUCAGUUUCUCUUGCCUUUUUCCUGCUUCCUGGCACUUCAGUAUUUCCCCUGUUGGGUGCCCACGGAUACUGAACACCACAUUACGGCAAAUUAUUGUCACUGGACUCCUCGCUGCUGCAUUUUUCAUAUUAUAUUACUCUGUUUUAAAAUACAGCUCCCGGGACAAAAAGCUGCACAGGUAUCUUGCCCGAGUUACAGACACCGAAGCCACAGAUACGAGCAACUCAAAGCUGAAUUACGGCAUCAUGGUGGAUUGUGGAAGCAGUGGGUCUCGGAUCUUCGUGUAUUGGUGGCCAAGGCACAAUGGCAAUCCUCAUGAUUUACUUGACAUCAAACAAAUGCGGGACAAAAACAGAAAUCCAGUGGUUAUGAAAAUUAAGCCAGGCAUUUCAGAAUUUGCUACCUCUCCUGAGAAAGUUAGUGACUAUAUUUUUCCGCUUCUGAACUUUGCUGCUGAACACAUACCCCGUGCAAAGCACAAAGAAACCCCUCUGUAUAUUCUCUGUACCGCAGGGAUGAGAAUCCUGCCAGAGAGCCAGCAAAAGGCGAUACUGGAAGAUCUUCUUACUGAUAUCCCAGUGCAUUUUGAUUUUCUGUUUUCGGAUUCUCAUGCUGAAGUGAUUUCAGGAAAGCAAGAAGGCGUAUAUGCGUGGAUUGGCAUCAACUUUGUCCUUGGAAAAUUUGAACAUAUGGAUGAAGAGGAGGAGGCGGUAGUAGAAGUGCACGUUCCCGACAGCGAAAGCAAAGAGGAAGUUGUCCGGAAGAGGACCGUGGGUAUACUUGACAUGGGUGGUGUUUCAACUCAAAUAGCGUAUGAAGUCCCUAAAACUGUAAGCUUUGCCUCUUCACAGCAGGAGGAGGUGGCCAAGAACCUACUGGCGGAAUUUAACUUGGGAUGUGACGCUCACCAGAACGAACACGUGUAUCGCGUCUACGUGGCAACUUUUCUGGGCUUUGGUGGUAACGCUGCUCGACAGAGAUACGCAGACAAUAUAUUCACCAACACAGUAUUGAGAAACAGGCUUCUUGGUAAACAGAUCGGUCUGACCUCCGAGACUCCCUACUUAGACCCUUGCCUGCCCUUAGACGCUGAGGACGAAGUCCAGCAGAAUGGGCAGACUCUGUACCUUCGAGGGACAGGAGAUUUCCACUUGUGUCGCAAUGUCAUUCAGCCUUUCAUGAACAAGACCAACGAAACGCAAACGUCCCUGAAUGGCAUUUAUCAGCCACCCGUCCACUUCGAGAAUAGCGAAUUCUACGGGUUUUCAGAGUUCUAUUACUGCACCGAGGACGUCUUAAGGAUGGGAGGAGAUUACAAGGCUGUUCAGUUCCUCAAAGCUGCAAAUGAAUAUUGUGCCACAAAGUGGUCUGUUCUACGGGAAAGAUUUGAUCGUGGCCUGUAUGCCUCCCAUGCAGAUCUCCAUCGAGUGAAGUAUCAAUGCUUUAAGUCAGCCUGGAUGUACGAGGUAUUUCACAAUGGCUUCGGAUUUCCUGUGAACUACAACAGCUUAAAAACAGCACUUCAAGUAUACGAUAAAGAGGUUCAGUGGACGUUGGGGGCCAUCCUUUAUCGAACCCGGUUUUUACCUUUGAGAGACAUCCAGCAGGAGAACUUCCGAGGCAAUCACCCUCACUGGCGCAGCUUCGCCUUCGUUUACAACCAUUACUUAUUCUUUGCCUGCUUCUUCGUUGUGCUGCUUUCCAUCCUCCUCUACCUGCUGCGCCUACGGAGGAUCCACCGGCGAACUCUGCACAACGGCUCCUCUCCUCCCCUCUGGAUCGAAGAAGGCCUCCCGUCACAGAAGAUCCCCGGAGGCUUAUAAGCUGCUGACUGUGAAUCUCAGACCCUUCCUCCUCCUCCUCCUCUCAGGGUUCCUCUCUCUCUCGCCUUCGGAGAGCGUUGCCUGAGCCCCUGGUGGGAUUUCCCUCUCUGGAGGACUGCGGGGCAAAGCUAGGUCAAACUUGGCUUGACAAGGCUGGGAAGGGGGCUCUCAGCCAAAAUUAUUUUAAAACUCUUACUUUGAAAGCAAAUGCACUUUGACUUAGGACAGGGGACAGACAGAAAAGCAGGAGAAUGCAGUGAAGACUUUGUGCCAGUACGUUAAAUGGGAAAGUCGCAAGCAACUCUUUAUGUUCAGUAAAUGUUGAUGGGUUUGUCCUCUCCUUUUGCUGUAAGUCUGCUGUGAGGGUUUUCCUUGGUCUGAAUGCAGGCUUGCUUAGCUGACUCUUGUGGGCUACCAGUUCGCUGUUCCGUGCCAUGUUCUCGAGCCACGCAAAGCACGGGGGAAAAGCCACCUCAGCCUCUCCUGCCCCGAUUUGAACAGCUAAAGAGACUUCAGCAUUUCACUCUCCAUUAUUUGUUUAAGCCAUUUUGACUCUUUCCUUUCUUCCCCACCCCCACCAAAAAAAAUAGCUUAUAUCAAGAAUAGAUGGAUCAGUAAUAAAGCAGCCCUUGCCACCCCAGUCUUAAAAAACAUGGCAGAGAAGUAAAAAGAAUUGGAGGGGGAAAUAUGCAUUACCAGUUCCUAAUUCUUGCUCGAUUGAAACAUGACCGCUCAUUUUUAAAUCACGGGUGUCCAACCUUGGCAACUCUUAAGACCUGUGAACUUUUAAGAUCAUGUUGGCUGGGGAAUUCUGGAUGUUGAUGUCCGCAAGCUUUAAAAGUCGCCAAGGAUGAACCCCUGUUCUAAAUCCCUAAUCAGGACCAUGGAUAGUGAAAGCUCAAGUCUCAAAAAAAGAUGGCCGUCCCGUCUGUUAAGAUAGAAAAUUCCCAUCCUUGCAAAACGGUGUGCUAAAGAAAAUCUGGCAGGACGUGGUGCUUCCCUGCUGUUGGAAAUCGGAAGAACGCAUUGCACAAUCGGCUUCCCUGGACUUCCUUUGUGUGUGUGUGUGUGUAUGUGAGUGAGCAGCAGCUGGUCUUAUGUAUGGGUGUAUAUGUGCGUGAGCGUGCACCUAUGUGGCAUUCUAUGGUCUGAGCGUCAUUUCAAAUGUUCGUGAUAAUUUGGGAGGGUGGGGUGGUGGAUUGGGAAAAACAAGAGUAGCAGUGGAACGAUAACAAGUACGCUGUUAACUUUCUUAUUUCUGGAUAACAGAGCCUUUUUUUUUUUUACUUGAAAAAAAAAAUGUGUCCAUAGUUGAAAACAGCAUCGAUGAGAUUGUCUUAUGAAAUAUACAAACUUCCAUCAUCCUAGGAACCCGCAUCUGGCUUAUGAAAUGUUACGCGACGGUACCUCGCUGAAAUUGUUCCCAGCUGUUGGAAGAUGGGGAAAAUAAAAAGACACGUUAAAGGAACUUGAA